AUGCCCUUGAAUCUGGGGAACAGCUCCGGGCGGAGAAAUCGAGGGUUUCUCGGCGCCGACAGCUCUGCCUUGUCGUCCCAAGACGUCCAGGAUCGACAUCAGUUGCGCUACGAGCUCGACCUCAACUCCUGGAACCUCCGCAUCUGGGGCGUUGCCGCCUCGGGCUUCCUUACCGAUUCAUACAACCUCUUCUCUUCCAACGUCAUCCUUGCUUCUGUUGCCUUUGUAUAUUGGCCUCACGGAGGAGAAUGGACUAGCCUCCUCAUCAACUUCUUUACCCUCUUUGGGUCCAUCGUUGGACAGGUCCUCUUUGGCUACCUCGCCGAUCGCUUUGGCCGUACUCGUCUCUAUGGAAUCGAGCUGGUUCUCGUCAUCGUCUCUACCAUCGGCGUAGCUACUAGCAGCCAUGGCUACGGAGACAUGUCAUUCCUCGGCUUGUUCAUCUGGUGGCGCUUUGUCAUGGGCAUUGGCAUUGGAGCCGAAUACCCCUUGAGCGCACCUGUUGGACAAGCCCUGGCUCAAAUCAUUGGCUUGCUAGUCCUGAUAGGGUUCAACAACACGCACCACCUCAGGGAGAUGCGAUGUGGGCUCGAUUCCUUGCAUGAAGAGGAGUGUCGCCGAGCAGUGGACGGCAUCUGGCGCAUCGUCAUCGGAUCAGGCGCUGUACCCGCUCUCCUGGCCAUCAUUUUCCGAUUUUUCUUGUUCGACUGCGGUCUCUACAGUCUCGAGGUGAAGAACAAGCCUGCUGUUGCCAUCAUGAACACGCAACGUGUCUACGGUGCCCCAUCUGGCACUACCACUAAUAAUGUCCAAAUGAACCCUCCCAAUGGCAUGCACCCUGAAAACUCCCCCGGGCCAAUGCCAAUCCAGUUUUCUAGAGAGGAUCUGCACAACUAUUUCAUACGGGAUGGCAAUUGGUACUAUCUCCUUGGAACAUCAGCGGCAUGGUUCUUUUUGGACGUGAGUUUCUAUGGCCUCUCGCUCGAUAAUCGAGGAACUCUGGCCGAUAUGUGGGCUACGACGAAGCCAGCAAAAAUCAACAGCCAGCUUUCAUGUUGGAACUCGUCGCUGCCAGGAGGCAAUUCGACAGUGCCCGGCUGGGUCACGGCGGGGCUCCCUGCUUGGCAAACGGACAAGACGGAGCCGUGUAACACCAUUUACGACGUGCUGAUACAGCAGACCAAGCAAUAUAUACUCACUGUUUCCUUGGCUUCCAUUGCCGGAAGCGCCUGCUUCAUAUUUUUCGCGAAUCGCAUUCCACGCAGGCGAUGGCUUACAGUUUCCUUUUUCGUUUUGGCGAUUCUCUUCAUCAUUACUGGCGGCGUCUACUACGGUGUCCACCAGGAGGCAGCCGCCCCUGCGACAGUCGUGUUUGUGGCCAUUUGCCAUUUCAUGUUUAACAUGGGCGCAAACACACUGACAUUCAUCAUACCGGCUGAGAUAUUCCCCACCUGCUACCGAUCGACCUGCCAUGGCAUCUCAGCAGCAGCGGGUAAGUUUGGGAGCAUCGUCUCUCUAUUGAUUGUAUAUGGCAUCAACCAGUCAUACAAGAGCUCCAGCCGCCAGGGCCUGAUUUUCCUCCUCUUUGGCUCGGUGGCCGCCUUUGGCGCCGUCUUUUCCUGGGCCUACCUGCCAGAUCCACAGAGAUACGUGGACGACGGCGAAGGAAAGAAGUAUCUCGAGACGAAAGAUCUUGAAGAGCUCGGCGAGGGCCGCGUCAGGGCCCGGCAAAGCGGGGAGGUCGUCACGUUUAGCGAGAAGUGGGCGGAUAUCAGGAGGCGGAGGAGGGACAACCAACUUCGACGCCCGUCUUCAUGA